AUGUGCAGGCUGAAGCACAGGGGCCCCGACUGGUCGGGCCUCUACCAGCACGAGAGCAACUUCCUGGCGCAGCAGCGGCUCGCCAUCGUCUCCCCCCUGUCCGGCGACCAGCCGCUGUUCAACGAGGACCGCACCGUCGUGCUGGUGGCCAAUGGAGAGAUCUACAACCACAAGAAUAUCCGGAAGCAGUUCACCGGCACGCACAACUUCAGCACGGGCAGUGACUGCGAGGUCAUCAUUCCCCUGUACGAGAAGUACGGCGAGAACUUCGUCGACAUGCUGGACGGAGUCUUCGCGUUCGUGCUCUACGACACCCGCGACCGGACCUACGUGGCGGCACGCGACGCCAUCGGCGUCGACCCGCUCUACAUCGGCUGGGGAAGCGACGGUUCCGUCUGGAUCUCAUCCGAGAUGAAGGCGCUGAACGAGGACUGCGUGCGGUUCGAGAUCUUCCCGCCGGGCCACCUCUACUCCAGCGCCGCCGGCGGGUUCAGGCGGUGGUACACCCCGCACUGGUUCCAGGAGCAGGUGCCCCGGACGGCGCCGUACCAGCCGCUCGUCCUCAGAGAGGCCUUCGAGAAGGCGGUUAUCAAGAGGCUCAUGACGGACGUCCCGUUCGGGGUCCUCCUAUCCGGCGGGCUCGACUCCUCCCUCGUCGCCUCCGUGACCAAGCGCCACCUCCUCAAGACCGAGGCCGCCGAAAAGUUCGGCACGGAGCUCCACUCCUUUGUCGUCGGCCUCGAGGGCUCCCCUGACCUCAAGGCCGCACGAGAGGUCGCCGACUACCUCGGAACCAUCCACCACGAGUUCCAUUUCACCGUACAGGACGGCAUCGACGCGAUCGAGGAGGUGAUCUACCACGACGAGACCUACGACGUGACGACGAUCCGGGCCAGCACGCCCAUGUUCCUGAUGGCUCGCAAGAUCAAGUCGCUGGGGGUGAAGAUGGUGCUGUCCGGGGAGGGGUCCGACGAGCUGCUGGGCGGAUACCUCUACUUCCACUUCGCUCCUAACAAGGAGGAGUUCCACAAGGAGACCUGCCGCAAGGUGAAAGCCCUGCACCAGUACGACUGCCUGCGUGCCAACAAGGCGACGUCGGCGUGGGGCCUGGAGGUCCGCGUGCCCUUCCUAGACAAGGAGUUCAUCAACGUUGCUAUGGGCAUGGACCCCGAGUGGAAAAUGUACGACAAGAACCUGGGCCGCAUCGAGAAGUGGGUCAUGAGGAAGGCGUUCGACGACGAGGAGCACCCUUACCUGCCCAAGCAUAUUCUCUACAGGCAGAAAGAACAAUUCAGUGACGGCGUUGGCUACAACUGGAUCGAUGGCCUCAAAGCCUUCACUGAACAGCAGGUCACGGAUGAGAUGAUGAACAACGCUGCCCAGAUGUUCCCGUACAACACGCCCGUCAACAAGGAGGCCUACUACUACCGGAUGAUAUUCGAGAGGCUCUUCCCUCAGGACUCGGCGAGGGAGACGGUGCCGUGGGGCCCCAGCAUCGCCUGCAGCACGCCCGCGGCCGUCGAGUGGGUGGAGCAGUGGAAGGCCUCCAACGACCCUUCCGGCCGGUUCAUCUCCUCCCACGACUCCGCCACCGACCACACCGGCGGUAAGCUGGCGGUGGCCAACGACGGGCACGGCGCCGCGAACGGCACGGUCAACGGCUCCAACGACGUCGCUGUCGCGAUCGCGGUGUAA